AUGAACUUAAUAGAAAAUAUUGUUUUAUUGAAUUUGGGAAAGCCCAUAUCUUUUAAUCCGCUAAAUUGGAUUGAUUCUUUUCAGAUCGAUAAAUAUGUAAUUAAGCCAUCAAAAAGAAAAUACGAUAUAAUUAAUAUUGCAAAGAACUUAUUAGAUGUCGAAGAACUUGGUGCAUCAGGAGCAACAAUCACAGAUAUAUUUGAUCCAAACGACAGUAAAUAUAUAAUAAAGACAAACGUAAAGUAUUUAUUAGUAAUUGAAAAAGCAUCAAUAUUUCAAUAUUUAAUGGAAAGGGAGGUUUAUAACAGGAUUCCUUGUUUAAUAAUUACAGGUAAGGGUUUUCCAGAUAUCUCAACUAGGAAAUUAGUAUCUGAUAUUAUACAUAAGUCUGGAAUUACAGCUUUGUAUUUGGGAGACUUUGAUCCACAUGGUAUAAAUAUAUAUUUAACAUAUGUUAGAGGUUCAAAUAAUUUUGAAUCACAAAUGGCAGCUUGCCCGAGUAUUUAUUAUUUGGGGAUACAGUAUGAAGAUACAAAGCUUUUACCAUCUGAUGAAUGUGAAAUGCUUUGCCAACAAUGUAAGCUAAUGAAUGAUAAUGUUUACAAAUGCGAACUAGAGGCGUUCCAAUCCAUUUCUAGUGAUUAUUUAGUAAACAUUUAUUUGCCAGGCAAAAUACUUAAAAGAUCGUGGAUAUGA